AUGGCAAAGAAGAAGACCAAGCAGCCCGUGUCUGACGACGUCGACGGUGGUGUCCCCAGCGGAAGCGCAUCGCAAUCGUCGUCCAAUGGCUCUUCUAGGGGUCGAAAUGCCUCGAGUGCUGUCGCGGACAAUGUUCCCGCGCUGAUAAUUUGUCGCAACAAGCAUUGGCGCUUUAUCUCAUCCUUUCAUGGCCCAUGGCUACAAAUGCCCAUCGAGAUCCUCGAAACGAUUGCGAACAUAAACUACAAUACCCCGCGCCCGCGCCCCAUCGAUCCUGCCGUCUUCUUCGACCUCCUCAAGAUCCGCCGGCUCGUCGACGAAGCUACAACUCUCGCAGUGCGGGCAGCCAGUGAUAUCGCCUCACCAACGUUGGCAAAUCUGCACGGAGGACUGAAUUCACAUACGGCGCUGGGGUAUGGCGGGCAUGGUGCAAAAUUAAGCAGAGAACGCAAAUUCCGAAUGAGAGAGCAGGCCAGCCAGAAGCUGGCCCGCGCAUAUCGUUUGGACGAGAUCGCCUGCAGCGUUGCUACGAUGCAGGGAGCGUCAACGCUUGAAGAGAUCGGAUCUCUGGUGUUGCAGCGCAGCAAAGAAGAUCCCGAUGCCAAAUACGUCCACUUUUUCCAUGAAAAGAUACCCUCAAGGCAACUGGCUGAGUGUACCAGUUUGCAGCCCUUGGACGAUAUCAUAUCUGCUAGGCCGACCGAGGGCGAGGCACUUCGAACCAGGGCUACCGUGAGGAUAUUCAAAGACGAUUACGAGGGGGCUGCUCAAGACUUGAGUAGCGCGCUGCAAGUGCACCGCUUUCAUCAGCCACUUCACCGACCACCUUCGUCGCAGGAUCUACAGCUAGCCACUGGAUCCCGAAGACCCCCGGACGUGAUUCUUACCGAGGAGCAGCAACCUAGCAGCUUGGAAACACAGCUGCUAUUUCAGCGCGCUGGGGUAUACUUGACAAUGGCAUGCCAGCAUGUGGUUGACGGCCUCCCUGAGGCAGCUGCAUCUCCGCGGACUGGUAGCUCGAAGGAAGCAUCUCGUGAUGCGAGUCCCGGAGGCGAAGUCCCGUCAGACCAGCCUUCAGAACCUACUGCGGCAGAGAAAGAGGCAGGGCGCCAACGUCUGGAGAAACGUAAAAUCGUGAAGACGUACGCCAAGAGAGCUCUGCGCGACUACUUGGCUUACCUGUCCAAAUUCGAAUACACCCCUGAUUUGCCCCUGAGGGUGACAAGAGAAUUCACUGAGAAGGUUAAUCUCGCAGCUCACGGUAUCCGUCACCCUCGAGUCCCCGACUCGGGGCCUGCCCCUUCUUACAAAACUUACCCCUUGUCCGAUCUGUUCGCUGCCGUCCCCCCCGCAGACAUCCCGCCGUAUCCCUCUCAGGAACUCGUGCGUCAAUCUGGCCCCGCCCAGCCGUCCGAGCACGAGGCCAUUACAUAUCAUCCCUUGCUCACGGAUGCUCUUCAUUCGCUUCUUCUUUGCCAUUGCCUUGUUCAAACAUCUACGAAAGAGCUUCUGCGCCACGCGCACAUGGUAGCUCGACUAGCGCGUCUGGCUGACGGAUAUCCGAUCUUUCAAGCGAGUCGGUCUCCAGCGAGAGCAGAUUGGAUCGAGGUACUUCGAAGAGCUGGCAACUGGAUUUCAAUGACUUCAUCGUGGGAACAACUUUGCGCCCCUGCACCGCUACCAAUACUAGACGUUGCCAUGGCUGAGCACCAGAACAAGAUUCAGUCGUCUCCGAAGGCUGCCGCCCUUGCGGCUGCGUCAAUCACCAAGGACAGCAACACGCUGGCCCACAUUGGGGAGAAUGAGGAACAGCGCAAGGAGCGGAUUCGUCAGCAGGCCAUCAUGGACUCCCUUGACGACGAUAGAGUCGUUGACGAGGCAAGCCUUCGUGCUGCUAUUACUGCUCGUCAGAAGCGAGCCCAGGAGGAUCACGACUACUUGCAAGGCAUCAAGAACGGUUUCAACGGGAAGCAAGACACGGGUCUCGCUGGCCAGCCUUCACCUGCCUUGCGGCGGUGGAGUGUCGAUGAUGGACGAGAAUAUCCCAUAUUGACUGAGCGCGCCGCUGCAAUUGCCCGCUGGGUGCUCGAGGCACCCACGGUGAGCCUGGGAACGGCCAAGCGGAAGAAGAAGUCGGGCCCGAAAAAGGACAAGGCCCCAAACGGGUCGGAAGCGGCGAUGAGCGGUAUGGCUAACCUGGCCGUCAGCGAAGCCGGUAGAGCUGUAGACGCGCAGGCAUAG